UAACCUGCACAAUUAAAACGCUUCGGUUGCAUUUCACUCAAUAGAGACCACCUGCAAAAAACAUCAUUAAACGCAAUUUUUUAGCAGACAUGGACCGGACGGACAGUGACUAUUCCAGCUUUGAGAACCCGUUACUCAGCGAGAUGAAGCAGUUCUGCAAGAAAAUAAAAGAGGCCUGUAAUGAAUUAAAGGAGGAUCUGACGCCGUACAAAAACGACCGAUUCUACAGGUUAGCUCCCAUGCGUCUCUACACACUCUCUAAGAGACACUUUGUCCUGGUGUUUGUGGUUUUCCUCUUCUGUUUUGGGGUCUCCACUCUCAUCGGUGUUUCAGGACCAAAAAUCGUAAGUGAAAACUACAACAAUGGUUUAAGCGUCAGUGUCAAUGGCUCAAAGACCGGCCCUUUCCAGCUCAGAACUCAACCGCUCUCAAACUAUAACCAGCAGCUGUGGCUCACCUGUGUCAUUCAGAUCCAGAACACCGUUGGAGAUUUCCGGAGGGAGUUCGGGAUGAACGUUGAACUGCAGGGCGUGAUGCAGGACGCGAGCGUGAUGCGCAUCAGCGAUAACGUGCACAAUAAGAACAGAACCCUGCACUGCGCCGCUCAACAGCAGGUAUGUGAUGAAAUUAUCGUGUUGCAUCUGGGUUACCUGAACUACACACAGUACCAGAUCAACGUCAGCUUCAGGAAUCUGGACGAUCUGAAGCCCAGUAUCACAAAUGUCACUUUUGUGUUUAAGAUGUACAACACCACGUUCUCUCAGGUGGAAAUCUGGUUCCGCUUUGUGUUUGUUGUGAUGACCUUCAUAGUGACUUGUAUGUUUGCUCACUCUUUGAGGAAGUUCUCCAUGAGGGAUUGGGGAAUCGAGCAGAAGUGGAUGUCUAUUCUUCUGCCUCUGCUGCUGCUUUAUAACGAUCCGUUCUUUCCGCUCUCGUUCCUGGUGAACAGCUGGUUUCCGGGAACGCUGGACGCAUUUUUCCAGGCUCUGUUCCUGUGCGCACUGCUGCUGUUCUGGCUUUGUGUGUAUCAUGGCAUCAGAGUGCAGGGUGAGCGGAAGUUCUUGACGUUCUACCUGCCGAAACUCGUAAUCGUCGGGCUGUUGUGGUUAUCAGCCGUUACUCUGGGAAUCUGGCAAACGGUGAAUGAGCUGCAGGAUCCCACAUAUCAAUAUAAAGUAGACAUCCAGAACUUCCAGGGAAUGAAAAUCUUCUUUCUGCUGGUGGUGGGGCUGUAUGUUCUGUAUCUGGUGUUUUUGGUGGUGCGAGCGUGCUCAGAACUCAAGAACAUGCCCUACACAGAUCUGCGACUGAAGUUUCUGACAGCGCUGACGUUGGUUGUGUUGGUGAUUAGUAUGGUUAUUCUGUACCUGAGAUUCGGCUCCAAGGCUCUGCAGGAUAACUUUGUAGCAGAACUUUCUACACACUACCAGAAUUCAGCUGAAUUUCUCUCUUUCUACGGCCUUCUCAACUUUUAUCUCUACACGUUAGCGUUCGUCUACUCGCCCUCCAAAAACGCUCUUUACGAUUCCCAGCUGAAAGACAAUCCCGCCUUCUCCAUGCUCAAUGACUCGGACGAUGAGGUCAUUUACGGGAGCGAUUAUGAAGAAAUGCCUCUUCAAAACGGCCGUGCCAUCAAAGCGACCGCCAAGUACCAGGAUGACAGUGAAAGUGACUGAUCAGACUUCUGAUUGGACGAGAGUGAAACUGGUUUGCUUGUAUAUUAAGCAUCUGGCCUCUUUGGGGGAUGUAUAUAGACUCAUCGUUGAAAUAAUGCCAGUGUCAUUAUAUACUCUGUGUAAACAUACAUGCCUGUAUAUUUUUAAAGAUAAAGGUGAGGUGUUUUUGAAUGUAACUCCACGUGGCCUGAUGAGGUGUUGUAUAGGUGGACAUUUCAGUAAUUAUCACCAUCACUGACACUGUCGGUCGUACAGUGUCAGUGAAGGGAAGUGUGCAAGUAUGCAUGCUUAAGCUGAUUUUUUUCAACCACUGUUUUUGAUUUUCCCCUUCGUACCGUUAAAUCUAAGCAGAUGACUCCAGUAAUGCAUCGGGGAAAACGCUGAUCUGCACACGUGAAGUAGAGCCACUUUGCCAAUAGAGAGAUCUAAUGUGCUUGUUUUAUUUUUAUUUAUUUUGUAUUUAUUAUUUUUUCUCCCCAAUUUGGAAUUCCCAAUGCGCUCUAAGUCCUCGUGGUGGCGUAGUGACUCGCCUCAAUCCGGGUGGUGGAGGACGAAUCUCAGUUGCCUCCGCGUCUGAGACCGUCAAUCCACGCAUCUUAUCACGUGACUUGUUGAGUGCGUUACCAUGGAGACAUAGCGCGUGUGGAGGCUUCACGCUAUUCUCCGCGGCAUCCACGCUUAACACACCACACGCCCCACUGAGAGCAAGAACCACAUUAUAGCGACCAGGAGGAGAUUACCCCAUGUGACUCUACCCUCCCUAGCAACCGGGCCAAUUUGGUUGCUUAGGAGACCUGGCUGGAUCACUCAGCACACCCUGGACUCAAACUCGCGACUCCAGGUGUGAUAGUCAGCGCCAAUACUCACUGAGCUACCCAGGCCCCCCUGAUUUAUUAUUAUUAUUAUUAUUAUUAUUAUUAUUAUUAUUUUAUUUUUAUUGUAUGAAGAAGGUAUUGGGAUGAAUCUCAAUCAGAAGAAAAAAAAAUCUAUUUUGCAUAAAGAACCAAUUUUAGGACCAUCAAGAGUUUUGCAUUGUGACACUGUUUCAUGACAGUUUUGCAAAAAAGUCUCAUUACUGUUGUGCGGAAAAAGUGAUAUUUUAAAGUACAUUUGGUUAGUGCAAAAUAUAUAUACAUGUACUUAAAAUAUGAAAAUGAACCUAAAAAUCAUGCAAAUAAUGUCAUGAUGCAAAAAGCGUAGUGGUCCAGACAUUUCUUCAUGAGAUUCACCCGUUUAGACGCACAUUCUGUGUGCUCUGGAUGUCCGGUGUACAGUUUUACUUUCCAAAAAUAUGAUUUUCACACAUUCCUUCCUUCACACGACUGUGAACAUGUUUAUUUUGUGGAUCAUAUGCAAGUUAUUGUUAAUGAAAUCAGUUCCAGGAUUUUGUGUACUUUGUAUUAAUAUAGAAAGCAGGUUCUUAAUGGUCAGAUUUUAAUCCAGCGCAACAAAAAUAACGCCUUUUGUUUUUGUGUUUGUUUUGUUGUUUUAAGCACUGUUCACUUAUUGUCUUACAUAUUGUUUUUUACUUGUUUGGAGCUCCUUGGAGGUCUGUGCUCGACACGACUGGCUUCAGUGAUGUUUGCAUAUGGUGUUACACAACAUCAGCUUUGGUAUCAUGGUCCUAAAAUGUCAUUUUGCCCCAAGUCCAAGAUGCAAGAGAUGGUUCGCAGAAUGUUAGGGACGGACAGCCUCGGUCAAAAUGCACUUUCAUUGCAUCUAUUUCCCACACAGGAAAGUCAUUCAGAUUUGUGUGGGUGAAUUGUUCAUUUCAUGAAAUAUGCCUGAGAUACCACUACAAGAAUGUUUAGAACAGUGUAAUAAUUUCUUGUUGGAUAUGUCCGGUUCGCUGUGCCUUUCAACAUGUACAUAAGGUCAUUCCCAAGCCUUGCUGACCUCAGUCCAAACACUCCUGCAUUCACACGCAAGGCAGAGGAGCUUUCCUUCGGUUGCACUGUUGUGAUGUAUGUGAGAAUGUUGUACAAACUGUUCAUUAAAUUUUUAAUGAUGGAGUCUUCA